AUGAAGUUGCCAAACAAUCCUUCUGCUGCUGGUCCAUCUGACUGGUCUUUCAUGAGUCAAGCUCAUCAUGCUGCUGGUCAGUCGCCAUUCUUCACACCAGGCGGCAAUGGUGUCCCAAACCAGUCGACAUUCGCGAAUCCUGGAUUUGCUGCCGCCAACGGUUCUUAUGGAACGGCCCCCAACAACCAGUCGCCAUUCUCCACAGCAGGUGGCUAUGGCGUCCCAAACCAGCCUUUUGCAGCAACCAACGGCAACGGCUUUGCAACUCGAAACAAUUAUCAGUCAGGUGGAUUCGUGAGCAGCCCUCAUGGUGGUAAUCCUUUCUCGCAACAAUCCAAUCCAAACGAGUUUGGUUACGGUCAUGCUCAUGCAGGACAAACCCCAGAACAAACCUUCAGUACCACUCCUAGGACACCUUCGCUUCAAUUCAAUUCUCAUCUCAACCACGGCUUCAACACUCCUUAUGGUCAUUCCACAUACGCCGAAUUGGUGGCAGCCGCAAAGACUGAAGAAGAAAUUAGAUCAGUCUUGCUCUUCAUUCAAAGGAAAAAGGAGCACAAGAGAUUACUAACGAGUAAUACCAAACGCGAAAGAUUGGAGCAAGAAGUAUUGGAAAUGCAGCAAAAAGUAUUGGAAAUGCAGCAAAAAUUAUUGGAAAUGAAGCAAAAAGUAUUGGAGAACAAUCUUAAAGCUGAAGAGAGUGCAACCAAAUCUAGCGAGACUUUACUUCAACGGGGAGAAGAGGUAUCGCAGAACAUUCCCGGGUCUUUGCCUUUGGUCGCAACAGCGCUCAAUCCCUCGGGCGACGAUGAUGAGGAAGAAGAUUCCAAGCCAGCAGCUACUAAUUCCGAACGAGUUCGAGUCAAUUCUCCGUCUACAAGUGGUGCCCCCACAGCACCCACUCCAUUGGGAACCCACAACAACAACACUCCAGUGCAACCGACACCAUUCAGUCGUCAACUUUUCCCUGAACCUAUGGAAGAGGAUCAGGAGAAUCAAGGACCCCCAAGUCGAUUCAAUUCUGACACACCACCAGUGUUCAGCGUUGGAACUGGAUUCAGAUCCAAAUCCAAAUCCAAAUCCAGCCCCCGCCGCCUCUAUCGUAACACAGGAGGACAUCCUUAG